CGUAAAGCUAAACCAUGCCUUCAUCGGAGAACCACAUCGCACUCCCACCCCACGUAGCGAAUCAAGCAUACAUGGAUGUCUCGGCUCUCGAUGGUGGACGCCUCUCCUGCCCUGCGUGGACCAUCAUCGGAGACGUCCCUAAGACAUCGAACGAGCGCUUCAACAUACCAUUGCUCGGAUUUCACCUGCGCCACUCUGUAUCUGGGAAGAGGGUCGUGUAUGAUCUCGGCAUGCCCAGACUCGAGGACCUCCCGAAGCUGCCGGAGUUCGAAGCCUUUGCAAAAGGGUUACUUGGUAACAAGAGCGAGGGAAAUCUGCUGAAACUGAUCAGCUAUGAGGGACAUGGGUGUGUCGAGGACUCUCUCAGAAAGGGGUGGGUGCAGCCAGAGGAGGUGGAUGUGGUCGUCAUUAGUCACCUGCACUGGGACCAUGUUGGAGACGCCCGCCCGUUCACCAAGGCCGAGUUUGUUCUUGGUGCCGAAGCCAAGGGUAUCAUGACAGGAGAGGACCCGCACACACAAAGUCCCGUUGUCGUUCCCACUUCGGCGCCUACCGAACGCACGCGCUUCAUUGUAAACUGGGAGACCUCAAUCGGAGGCUUGAAGGCACACGACUUCUUCGGGGACGGGAGCAUGUAUGUUCUUGAUAUUCCAGGGCACCUCAAGGGCAACGUUGCAAUCCUAGUUCGCACAUCCUCGGACGGCUCUUGGAUCCUUCUCAUAGGCGACGCGGUGCACCAUAUGAGCAUCUUGCACGGCGAGCGCGGCUUCGCACACCAUGACGAUGGCCACGGCAACAUAUUCUGCAUACACGUAGACCCUGACAUGGCGCGCGAGACGAUCAGGAAACUCAAGGUGUUGGCAGACGCGCCAAGGGUACAGGUGCAGAUUGCACAUGAGGACGUUGAUAAGGAGGUGCAUCUCCCUGGAAAGUUUGAACCCCUUGCGUAGAUCACUAAACCAAAACGUUUCAAGCUCAUGAAUACUUCACUAUCCCCUAUGUACAUGUCGUUGAUCACGAACCUGCCUGUCCGAUAUCGAGAAAUCCCUAUUUAGUCGUUAGUCUCUCAGCUGCGUCUCAGUAUAAGUUCGAAGCAGCAUGUAUAACAGUGGCC